AUGGAAAUGUUAUCCUCAUUAAUUUUCUUUUCAGGAGGAAGUAGUGGCUUGCACCUCGUUGCAAAUGUUCCUACAUUCAUACCUCAAUUUGCCCAACUUGGCCUUGGUGACAUGCAACAACCGCCACCGCCAGGAAAACAGACGGGCACCCAUACACCGUUCACACCACAUCGAGCAACGCCAACUUUUCAUCCUGCUAAUGCCUCAUCUCCAGCCAAUCAAGCUGAGGCGCUGGCUCUUUAUCAGGAAAAUCAUGGAGGGACGACUUAUUUCUAUCCACAUCAGCAGCCGCCACAAACAUUAAGUACGCCUGAUUCGGCUACUGGAAGCACUCGUGUUAGUAGUGCACCGUUACACGAGCAAGUAGUCCCAGAGAAUCAUACCGUUGUUAACACCAACGGCAGUUUCUCCUAUCAAGGUCCAGUGCCACACAUAGGCAAAUUUCGCCCAAAAAGUGUGGCUAGUAACAACAUGGCUCAGUUUAUCUCACCUGACGUGAAAAUGGAACUAGUUCAUCGGCAACUCGCUAUGGAAGCUCGAGCCGACCCACUGUCCGUGUUCAAGGCGGUUUCUAUUCGCGAUGGUGUUACGUAUUGUAUUAGGAGAUUACACGGCUUCCGUAUUUCUUCUCCGAAACAACUGCAACCGUUAGAGACGUGGAAGAAGUUAGUCAAUGUCAAUGUCGUACAACUGCGAGAAGUAAUUGCCAAUUGCAAAGCUUUCGGUGAUAGUUCCGUGAUUCUCGUCUAUGACUAUCAUCCUCUGGCGGAUUCGUUGAAGACUCGACAUUUCGGUCGGAUGCUUGGUAGCGGUUUCAUCGAUGGAAUAACUGGAGCCAAAAUGUCAAGUCAACUCUCUGGACACGCAUCGAAUCAAAUGCAGCAGGGAGCUGGAGUAGUUGAGUGGUUGCUGUGGUCGUAUGUGAUUCAGCUCUCAUCUGCUUUGCGAGCCGUUCAUGCUAAUGGUCUCGCAUCCAGAUGUGUAGAUCUAUCGAAAAUCCUUGUUCACGGCAAAAGCAAGAUCCUGUUGAGUUGCGGUGGAGUCGCCGAUCUUCUUGCUCCCGACACCCAAGUGCAACAGUUGCAGAUGGAAGAUCUUCACGCUCUUGGUCGGGUUCUUCUUGCCUUAGCAACUGGCAACGCUUUUUCGGCUCGCCGAGACCUUGUCCAGCAGAGCAUGACAUACGUCACGAAUCAUUACAGCAGCGAUAUGAAAAAUCUCAUAAGUUUCCUUCUUUCUUCUUCACCGUCGGGUCGUAAAUCAAUAAAUGAGAUUAUGCCAAUGAUUGGAGCACGUUUUUAUGCGCAACUGGAGACAGCUCAAAUGCGAAACGACAUGCUUGAGAAUGAGCUCAGCAAGGAAUUGGAGAACGGUCGAUUGUUCCGAAUCCUAUCCAAAAUUAACACGAUUGUGGAAAGACCAGAACACAAUUUGGAUCCCACGUGGUCUGAAACUGGUGACCGUUUCCUAAUAAAAUUGUUCAGAGAUUACGUCUUUCAUCAAGUAACAGAAAGCGGCAAACCUUGGAUGGAUAUGGCCCAUAUUGUCCAGUGCCUUAAUAAACUUGAUGCCGGUGUCUCCGAAAAAGUGCAGCUCGUGUCAAGGGACGGAAAUAAUCUCAUUGUCGUAUCAUACGGAGAUUUGAGAAGGUGCCUCGAGACGGCUUUCAGAGAAUUGAGUACUACGCCCUCUGUUGUUCCUCGCCAU